UCAAACCAGCUGGGCAGAAAAGUUCUGGCGAGCUUUUUGGCAGCAAAGCUGCAGCCGUUUCACUGAGAAAACUUGUAGUUUAACUGAUUAUUUUUUAGCGAAAUUCGUUCGAGCUAACGCAAAACAUAAACAAGUCCGCUGCUUGCUUCCCAAUCGCAGUGCGAAUGUAAAUGAGUAUUUCGAGUAUUUCGUGCCGUUGUGUUAUGCUGAAGUGCAAAAAAGCGCCAUAAAUAAUAAUAAUAAUAAUAAUCGAAGUAAAAGCAAAGCGUAAAAUAAUAAAAACCACUUCAAUAUAUCAACAGGCAAUUGCCAUUGAUUAACCAUUCUAAAAGUUUGCAAAGCACACAGAAAAAUUGCAAAAAGUCAGUGAAGUGUUAAAAAACAACAAUAAAUAUUUGUAAAUGCAUACAUUUAAAUGUGCAUGAUUGUUUAUACCUACAUACACACACACAUACGUACAUAGCACUUGCGAAAUAAAUUGCUACGCUUGAACAAAAGAACUGAGUUGGCGUCUGGACUAUGUUGUUGUUGCGCGUAUGCUUUCACGCCUCGAAUUAAUCCCAUCAGCCCCCGUUGUGGCGAGACUGAGAAUUGAAUCCUUACAGCGUGCUUGGAUUAUGCUGUAUAUUGUAUACUUAUUAUAGAAACCUCACACUAUUUGCAUAGGACCCAGUCCUAUCCCCUGCCGAGCAAUAAUAGGAAUAAUGCUCAAGCUGUUCGUGUUGCCAAUAAUAACGAUAUGUCUAUUAUUAACGAGCGUUAACUCAGGUGUGCCUAUUGGAACUGGUGGCCCAUCGCUGAUAUUUGAAAACAAAGACGCGCUGCUAACCUGCGUGGUCUCCGAAAACUCAGGCAACAACACAGUAAUAUGGAAGAAGGGUGACGAGAUUUUAACGGCUGGCACGGUGCGUGUUACCAAGGAUCACCGUGUUAGGGUGUUACACGAUGAAAAUCCCAGGGGGAGUAAUCCGAACGUGGGUGGGGAGGUGUGGGUGUUGCUGAUAAAGGGCCUUAAAGGAAGUGAUUCGGGUGCCUACAUUUGCGAGUUAAACUCCGAUCCCGUAUUACGUAGUAUUCACAUACUAACAGUUAAGGAGCUCUCAACUGCAACUGGCCUGCAGGCCAAUGCCUCAGAUCCAGUGCCAGCUGAAUCUACCGAUGUUUUUCUGUUGCCACCGCCACUCAACGCGCAGGACAAUCGCAGCUUUUGGCGCCCGAGUCAGUCUCCGCCGCAGCUGACUCAUGAUUUUACAGAGUGCUGUGAGCGUGCGAAUGUCUCCGCUCAGUGCAUGGGCUUCUGCAACUUGCACAACAUCUUAGAUGGCACCACAGGCAUCGAUCCCGAGGCCUGCGAGAGGGACUUUCCGAGCAUAGUGAGGUGCAUGGCCGACGGCCGUAACCACGUGCCGUGCUGUGUGGAGAAGCAAAUACCGGAUCUGUGCCAGGAUAUGUGUCGUGGCGAAUAUACACCAUUCACCGAUCAACUCAAGACCCGGGUUUCAUGCGUGCAGCACACCCUGACUGGGCUGCAGUGCAUUCUCAAGGGCAUUCAGCUGAUACCCAGUACGCCCACGCGAGUCUCGAUAGAUAAUGUGCGAGAAACAAGUGUUAACAUAAGCUGGGCUCCACCGCAAAAGCUGGACGACCAAGUCUCCUACUAUACUGUGAACCUGACCGUCUUGCACAGCUUCGACGAAGAUGAGCUGAGUGGCGAGUCUAAGCACCAGGUGCAGGGCGCUUCCGCUACGGAGGAGACAAUGUUGUACAAUGUGACGGCCAAUCAGACAUUUCUUUCGCUCAACAAGCUGACGCCUCUCACUAUGUAUGCUGUCAUAGUGACGGCCGUCAACGAGUUCGGUGCGAGUUUGCCAAAUGAGCGUCUGCGUUUCUUUACGCACACAAGCGCAUCAGUGGUCGAGUCCCAGGCGGGCAGUCCGGAUAAGCAGGUGAUGCCCACCCUGCCGGACAUACGCAGUUGCUGCGAGUCCAGUGGGAUGACUCACCGCCUGUGCAUGGAUAAGAUGUGCGAUCCGCAAAAGACGGACUUGGCUACGCUGCCAGACCUAAUGGUUUGUGCGCCAUGGUCGAACAUCACCUUCAGUUGCUUGGCCAAUAACAUUGAUCAUACGCCCUGUUGCAGGGCCCGCGGCAUACCCUCCGCAUGUUUCCCGAUAUGUGCUGGGAAGUUGACGUCGCUAGACUUCAGCUUGUUUAAGUGCCUGCGCUUUAUGUCUGAGUAUAGCAGCUGUCUCUAUCAAGGCUACGGCGUGCUGGCUGAUCCUCCCUCUAAGCUGCGCACAGUUGCUAAAACGGACAACUUUGUCAUUCUGGACUGGAAUAACCCGAAGCGACUCGGCGAGUCUGUAAACACCUAUCACGUUAAGUUCCGACGUCUCGGCGUUGGCGACGACUAUCUAACUGUGGAAAAGCGUCAGCCGCCACUCAUUCUUGAAGGCCUGGAGCCGGACAUCUAUUACGAGUUCUAUGUGGUAUCAAUUAAUGCGUACGGAAAAAGCGAGCCCUCCCCACGUCUUAUCACCCGGACCCUCCCAGCCGAGCUGGCCACAGUCCCCGCUGCCAAAUACAACAUGUCGACGUGCUGCAAGGCUUCAGGACUGCUGCCACAGUGUGCCCCGCUUUGUUCGUACAACAUACGGCUGUCAGACAUUGAAAAUCUCGGUCCGGCAUGCCGUGCCCAAAUGCCUAUACUGGCGCGCUGUGCAGCCGGCGGACGUGACCACAGCCCUUGCUGCAGUCGACGCAGCGUUAUAAACGCAUGCAUGCCACUUUGCCGUGGCGUCAUGCCACUGGCGCUGACCACCAAAUCGACAGCAGGAGCAGUCGCUGCUGUCGGCAGCAUGUCUUCAUCGACUGCCUCCACAUGGGCAAGUAAUAUGCCCGACUGCUUGUCGUACGCUGGCAACAUUUUGCAAUGCUUCGAGGAAGGCACAAAUAACAUACCAGGGCCACCAGAAGAUGUCCAUGCAACAGCGAUUACCAGCAGAAGCAUAAGCAUAGCCUGGACGCCGCCCAACGUGGACCCCGCCGCUCCCCAUCACAGUGACACGGCAACUGGCGAUGAGAUUGAAGCUGCCGCAAGCGCUGUGGCUGGCGAUGUUGCAUCAGCAGCAGACACCUCCCAGUCGCGCUCCUCGGCCGUGAGCGACGCUGCUGACGCUAACGAUGCUAAUGAUGCCAUUGAGUUCGUAGUUCAAUAUGGCAGAGUCAAUAACAUGACCAUCUACGAGACGGUUGCCAAAUUGGAGAAUGAAUUGACGACGAACGAGACUAGCAUAGAUCUGACCAACUUGGAUGAAAAUGCCUUAUACCGCAUUAUGGUUGUGGCGCGUGGAAAAUUUGGCACAUCGCUGCCGGCAUCGAUGUUGCUUGUAAAUACGAGUGCUGCUGGCGAAAAAGCAUUGUAUCCAAACGAUACGUGGGGCGCACCGUCUCCGCCCCACUCGCUGACAGUGCUCACGCAUAGCGCGACUUGGAUGCAGAUAACCUGGCAACCGCCUGAGUACUCGCAUCCGCACGAACGGAUCACAUACAGAGUCUACCAUAAGACGAUGAACUCUGCUGACUUUACCAAGAUCGAGACGAAGUUGGCCUGGCUGCGAAUAACGAAUCUAAAGCCCAGCUCCCAGCAUGUGCUCUAUGUGGAGGCGGUAGGCGAGCGGGCUACCUCGCUGCCCUCAGAGACCCUUGUGGCGUGGACAGAUCCGGCGCUGCCAGCCUUCGUAGAUCCCCCAACUGUACAUCCGGCGGACAAUAUACCCGAGGGCGGAUCGAUGACAAUUCUGUGCCUAGCUCUGGGCAACCCAGCCCCCACCAUAUCCCUGUACGUCGGGGGGCACCUAGUGCGACAGGACACUUCCCGGCAUAUGGUGACAGUCAUUCACAAUGUUUCCGCGGACAUGGAGCACGUUUCCUGUUACGCGGACAACGGCUACGGUGUGCCCAUGCAAGCCACGCGACGCGUCAAUAUUUGCUAUCCGCCCAAGAUACAGGCGGCUGGCAUCACUGUCGCCUCUAUUGGUGAUGAGGUAGAGCUGCGCUGCACGGUUGACUCAAAGCCCACGCCCAAGACCAUCUUCUGGCGCGAUCAUGACGGACGUGUGCCCGUGCCACAGGGAGGAAACUAUUUCGUGUCCGUCACGAAUGUGUCAACCAUUUAUACGAUGGCACUUCGCAUCAGCAAGCUGCAAGCGAACGACGUGGGCGAUUACUUCUGUCAUGCAGAAAAUCCGUUUGGCUCUUCCACUACGCCGGUGUCGGUGCGUAUACGCAACACGCCCAGUCUGCAUCGCAACGUGUCGCAGUGCUGUGCCGCGCAAAACGUUUCGGUGGCCUGUCGGGAUGCAUGCACCUACUACGUGGACUUUGACGCCAUAGCCAACCGGCCCGAAUGCAUCGUCGACUUUGACAAGCUGAUGAAGUGCGCCGCCGAUGGGUCGGAUCACAGAUCAUGCUGCGCAGAUGAGCAGGUACCACGCAAGUGCUUGAACUGGUGUCGCGGCGAGUCGGUGCGCUCCAAGGAGAUCUGCAGCCUCCAGUACUCGAGGACCAUCAUUGGCUGCUUUGAGAAGAAUCGGGACCGCCUCCCGGGACCCCCAGAGAACAUUGUCGUCAGCGUGCUGUCGGACAACGCGGUGAACAUUAAAUGGGAUGCUCCAACAAAGAAUCCAAAUGCCGUCGACGGCUAUAGAAUAUAUUACCAUGAGGCCGCCGUGCUGCCGCCAUCGUCGGCGGCGCAGCCAAACGAAUCUUCGAUGGAGCCUGCCCUGGAUACAGUGGCCUCCAUGAAUAAUGCAACAAGUAUAGGCAACAGCAAUGGCAACAACAACAACAACAACCUGGCCAUAGCGGGCGCCGUGGAAAUUCAACGCAUCGACGUAAAGGACACAACAAUAAGCAUUAAUGGUCUGAAGAAGGACGUGCUCUAUGAGCUGGUGGUAAAAGCUGGCAAUACAUACGGUGCCAGUGUACUUACCGAUCCGAUUAGGUUCACCCUGGGCGAACAGCAGGUGACCUCGGCGACCAGCAGCUACUCGAGCGCCGUGGGCACUAUAAGCGGCAUCGUAGCGAGCAUUUUGGCUAUCCUCUUGGCGGUGGCCGCCAUUGUGUUCUAUCGGCGCCACCGCUGUCACCAUGGGAAGGCAGUCAACGGCAAUGUUGCCUUCGAGAAUCCCACGUACACACGGGGCUUGGAGCAGGUGCAGUUGCCAACUGUGACAUCGGCCAUCACAACAACACAGAAUGGAAACAAUCACACGCAUGGCAGCAACAGCAACAGCAACAGCAACGGCAAUGGCAACAGCAGCAGCAGCAGCAGCGGUGUCGGCGCACACACUGGCAGCAGCAGCAACAGUCACAAUCACAAUAGCAAUGCAGCCACAAUGACGACAUCCACAUCCACAGCCACGACGCUUGAUACGGGGAGCAUAGUGAAUGGGAACAGGCAUCAGCAGCAGCAGCAGCAGCUGCGAAAUGGCCGCGGUGUUACAGAUGCGGCCCAUCAUUUUCACAACCCGCUUAGUAAUACGCAGUGCAAUGAAGUAAAUCCCUCAAUUUAUGAAGAGCUCAAACUCGGGCAAGAAGGUGCUGGAUUUAAGAAACUUGUGCCAUAAAUGACACAACACACUCAUACUCACACGCACACUCACACAUAAAUGAGAAGCGCUAACAACGCCUACAAGAACCGAAACUGAAAUACCAACAUCUCAAGUUUAGCUAGUUAGCUUACAUAUAUACAUAUUAUGUAUGUGUGUACGCGUGUACAUAUGUAGCUACUUAUGUACAUACUCACAUUCGUAUAGACAUACAUGCUACAAUGUAGUCCGCACAAUCGCAAUAUGUAGACAUAGGCCCGUGUAAACAGCGCGAAGCGCAACCCCAACCUCACACAGAUACGCACAUUCCUUAUAGAUAGAAACACCCACACGCCCACACACAACACACACGCACAUACUCGUACACACGCUGGCAUCCAUUCAGUAUGCACUGUGAAAGAUAAAUGGGUAUUAUUGCGUACAAAAUGAUUGCUAAGAUUUGGUUAGUGUAAAGUAAUAAAUUUGUAGUAUGUAACUGUGAUUGAAAAUUAUGUAAAAUAAAUGUAAUUGGUAACAGA